AUGGCAGAUCAUCAGGAUAAGCAAUCCGAUAGUGGCUUCUCUGACACCGCUCCUGGUGGUCGCCAAAACAAUCAAGCCGCCGAAAGCGACAACGAGGAUGUCCACAACAAACCAGUUGACAGAGCGCCGCAAAGAACAAUGCCGACAAAUUCCCAGCUGCUUCAACAGAUUCGUAAUCCCAGCGAUCGAGGUAAUGGACGACCAGUCCGUGGCCUGACGAAACAGGAAGUGGAGGAAGUCUCUGGCAGCCUCAAGAUCCAUGUCAAGUUGAAUCUCGAGGUCGACCUGCGCGUACAGGCAUCAUUGAAUGGAGAUCUGGUUGUCGGAAUCUUGUGA